UUCAUGACAUGUAGUGACAUGCCCUGGUGGCGCCUCCAUCCAUUGCUGCAGGCACAUGGGUCAGUUGCUCGUGGUUUUCCGGCUGCGUGCGUGGACGACUUCUCAUCUCCGGACCCGGCCGCGUCGCGCUGCCGACUGCGUUUAGUUAAACACGCACCUUCUCCUAAUCCUCCAUCCACAGACGAGCACACAUGCUUCGUCUUCUUCGCGUGCUGGCGUAGCUCUUCGCUGUUAAACGCGGUAUCUGCUGGAUGAGCAAAUCCUCUCCGGGUUUAUCAUCCGUCAUACGCAUGAUCCUGCGCCAUCCCGCUUCGAACGUUCCUGUAACGAUUCUGCGGUCUCUCCUAUAACUACCUGUAGGCAGCUGCCUCAGCCAGUGCCCAGUGGACAGCGUACAUAGCUACGGUUUGCUUCUUUCUUUGGUUUGCCAUCGGUCAUGGCCAGGUCAUGGCUGGCCGGCCUGCGGUCUCGGCUCGGCGGCGGCGCCAGGCAGGACGGGCUCGGCAUCCUGGCCUUCGAGGCGGCGGCGGCCAUGUCGCGCCUGGUCUCGCUCCACCUCUCGCUGUCCGACGCGGAGGUCAGGAGGCUCCGCGGCGACGUGCUGCGCGCCGAGGGCGUCGCGCGCCUCACGUCCACGGACCAGUCCCGCCUGCUCCGGCUCACGUGCGCCGAGCUCAUGGCGGGCCUCGACCGCGCCGCCGACGACGCCGCGCGCCUCGGGGCGCACUGCCGCGGGCUGCCGGACGCGCCGUUCCUCCACGACUUCGACCGCGUCUACGCCGAGGCGAAGCGCGGAGCCGGCCUCGCGCGGCUGGACGCCACGGUCGGCUUCUCCAGGGGCGCCGGGAAGCGGUUCAAGAAGAUGGAGCGGCACGUGGCCGCCACGGCAAAGCUGUACGCGGCGAUGGACGCGCUCACCGAGCUGGAGGCGUCGGAGCGGCGGAUGGAGCAGUGGAAGCAGCACAGCGGGCCCAUCCCCGUGCAGUCCAAGAGGCAGCCUGCGGACGAGCCAAGCGAGAAGCUGAUGGGCGAGCUGAGGCUGCAGCGGCAGAAGGUGCGGCGACUCACGGAGGGCUCGCUCUGGAGCGUCGCCGCCCACAAGGUGGCCAAGCUCAUGGCCAAGUCGGUGCUUGCCGUGCUCGCGCGCGUUUCCGUUGCCUUCGGCGCGUUAGUGCCGGGAUUGCCACCUCCGUUAGCAGGCCGGGGAUGGGCGCUCGGCCACUCGUCUGGCCCCAUGCACCAGUCGACGGCGCCCGACGCGGCGAUCCGGCACUCGGCCCCGAUCUUCCGGCAAAAAGACACGGCCUCCACAUCGUCAGAGCCACUCAAGCCGCCUGCGGCCACCGUCGGUGGGUCGGGGAUGGAACUGCGUUACGCGAACGUGAUCUUGUCCGCCGAGACGCUGCUCAAGGCGCUGAGGCCGGCGAUCCGCAACGAGGGGGUGCAUGACGGGAUGACGGAGCUGUCGAUGAGAGACGAGCUGUACAAGAUGCUGCCCGUGACCAUACGCGCGGCAGUGAAGGAGAAGCUGAGGGAGAGGUUGAGAGGAGGGCAGGUGGACGAGGAGGCCGCCGCGACAGCGAUGGACGCCGUGGAAGGAGUGCUGCGGUGGUUGGGGCCAAUGGCGCAUGACACGCUGCGGUGGCAGGACGAGAGGAGCAUGGAGCGGAAGCAACGGUUCAGCAUGCAGCCGCGCGCGCCGAUGGUGCAGACGCUGCAUUUCGCGGACCGUCGGAAGGCGGACGCUGCUAUCGUCCAGGUGCUCGUUGGUCUCAGCUGUAUGUGCUGGUACGACGAUCAACGGCGGCGGCCGGCUGACUGGAACGAGUAGCUGGCCUGGUCAACGACGAUGGGCAGUUCAUCAUGUGUAAAUGUAUAGAUAUACGUGUAGGAAAGACAUUUGUAUACAUGCACUAGAUCAUUGAUGCCCGUCUAUUUUUCCAAUGAAAUGAUAGAAAUUUUAUAAAUAUAUAGUCAUAAAACAUAGUCGCACAAAAACAUUUACAUUUGUAUAAAGUGCCUAUAUAUUGGACGACUAUAAAAGAUUCUAGUAGUGCGAUGG